AUGCCGACGUCGCCGACCGAGGAUGACCGCCAGCGGCGCAUCAUCCAGUUUGCGGAGGAAUGGGGUCUCGAGCCCCCGCCGUCGCCGACGCCGUUGACGCGGCCUUCAAGCCCCCCCAGCUUCCGGACCUCGGAGGACGACUUCAAGGCAGAGGAGCUCCUGAAGCGCAAGCAAAUGUCCCAUGGCCGCACAGAGUCCACCACGAAUCUACGGCGCGCCUUCACGGGGAAGAAGAAGACGUGGGACUACAAGCUCGUCUUCGACACUCUCGACAAGCAUGUCGCCGAUGGUGGAUCGCCCGGCGUCGCUGAGGCUCUCAUUAUACAGCUCGUCUCAUCCGGCGGCGACGUCAACAUGGCGCAAAAGGCAAAGACGAGUAUCCUACCUCGCCGGAAAAGCCUCGACAGCUUUGGCGAGCGCAGCAAAGUGCUGCAGCACGCCGUUCACAAUGGCCAGGUCGACAUGAUUCAGGUCCUGUUACCCCAUGCCGACGCAUUUGCCCUGGACGCCUCAUUACCCGUAGCCAUGCAGUCUGAAAAUGUAAAGGUCGUUGAGCUCCUGCUUCGUUACGGGGCCGGGGUGGCGCAUAGCCCCGAAGCGCAGGAAUCGUUCCGCCAGGCGUGCGCGUCCGGCGGCCAAGCGGACUUGGUGGGCAUCGUUCUCCGAUCCGAGGGCCGGCCGCCGACUUCGUGGCUCUCGCAGUGCAUGGUGGACGCGACGAAGGCAGGGUGUCUGGAAACGGUGCUUCAACUGAGUCGAUCCAACGCCGAUGGCGACUACAACCAGGCGGAGGCGCUCAAGAUAGCAAUCGGGCAGGGACGUCACGACAUUGCUCUCGCGAUCCUCAUGGGCAACCACCCACCGAAACGCCCGGGACUGGACGAGGCUUUCUCGAAUCUGUUAGAUCACCCUUCCAUGAACCCCAGAGACAAGCUCGCCGUGGCAGAGCUGCUACUAUGCGCCGGCACGGACGGUGAUGCGCCCGCCAUGGCGUUAAUCCAUGCCGCAGCGGCGGAAUUCCAAGACAUGGUCAGUCUUUUGGUCAGGUACGGGGUCUCCAUAGAGUAUCAGGACGCAAUGGCCAUCCGGAAGGCCGUUCAGAAUGGACGGGUAGAUGUUGCGCACAUCAUUCUCAGCGGCAACACGGAACUCAGCGCAACACAUGCCUCGGAGUGCGUUGAGUUGAUACCGAAGAACAUGGGGGUGGAAAACCGUCGGUUACUAUUAGAUCUGCUACUACGAAGAGGGGCGAGCGGAACCGCGCUGCACGACAUGCUUAUUGAGGCAGCGGAGGCGGGCGACGUCGACUCGGCCAAGCUGCUUCUCACAGCCGUCUUCCCGGGUGGCCGCCCCAUUGCCGAACAUGACGUGAAGAAAGGACCGAGAUCAAUGGUGUACGACCGCCAUCAAACGGCCUCCGUCGAGCACAAGGGCGGUUUGGCUCUGCAGAUCGCAGUCAUGAGAAGCGAUGCGGCGAUGACUAAGGAGCUCCUCAUGGGCAAACCAUCCAGCGAAACGUUGGCCCAGAUCUUUCCUCUGACAAAGACACUAUCACGGAAGAAUCGAUAUCGUAUGGUGGAAUGUUUUCUCACGAGCGGUCUCGCUGGGCCCAUUGUCCAUGACGCGUUACAAGAAGCCAUUGACGAGGAGCCACCACACCGCGACGAGGACUUGAUUGGACUUUUUUUAAAGUACAAUACCGACAUCAACACAAACGAAGGCUCGGCCCUGGUCGCUGCUGUGUCACAAAAGGACGUGAGAUUACUCAUUGCGCUGCUCAAGAAGAACGUGACUCCACACACUGCUGCCGGUGUGCUGCCCAGGAUCAUUGCGACUCAGGAUUCCAAGGCGAGGUUAGACAUGGCCACGUUGCUGUUGACGUCGGUGCCUGACUUGGACCCGGCCAAGGUCUCUCAGGCGAUGCUCAACGCGCUAAAUUAUCGGCCAGCCGAUCUGAAGCUUCUGCAAGUGUUGUUGGUGCAGGGCCAUGCCGAUGUCAAUGUCGACAACGGCAACGCCAUGGCUUCCGCAAUCCACAGCCAUGAUCCGUCAGUUCUAGAGACACUUCUAAUGCACGGCAAACCUUCUUCCGCUACGGUCAGCAGGGCUGUCAACGAAUUUGGGCAACUAAUCUUCUCAGAUACCAAGGCAGCAAAGCUAGAGAUUCUCUUGCAAAACACAAAAGACAGGGCCCCCUUCAACGACGUCCUCGUCAAGGAGGUUCACGCUCUCCUUCAGACCCUACCUGAGCAUCGACAACUAUCCAUCGUGAAAGUCUUGCUCAGCGCCGGUGCCGAUGUGAAUUCUCACAACGCCGCGGCUCUUUGCCACGCCGUAGCUGCCAGCGAUACGCAGAUCACCGAUCUCCUCUUCGCCGCCCAUCCGAACCCGGCGUCGCUCGCAUCAGCUCUGCCGCACGCGCUACGGAUCGCCGACCCGAUGGACCGUCUUGAUUUCUCCCAAAAGUUGUUAGACGCUGGCGCGCCGAGCGCCGAGGCGAACAGAGCGCUCGGGUUCGCCAUCAACACCUACACGAACGACAUACCACUGCUCCGCACCCUCUCGGCCAAGGCCAACACGAGCGAUGGAGAGGCCCUGGUUUCGGCUGUGAAGAAGGAGCGUCAUGAUAUCGUCCAACUCGUCUUGGCUCAAAAGCAUCCGCUUCCUGUGCUCAACGAUGCCUUUGCCGAGGCGGCUCUCCUAUCGAACCGAGAAGCAAGGGCGGCGAUAUGCGAGGUGUUGCUGCAGCAUGGCGCCUCAGGCUCCGUGCUUUCAGACGCAUUGCUUGCGGCGGCCGCUGACGGUGAUCUGGUGUUGGGUAAUCUUCUCGUCAGCCACGGGGCGCAGAUUGACGAGGAUGCCAUCGUGGAAGCAUGCCGCUCGGGUGCUGCUGAUGUGCUCACUAUGCUCCUCAGUGGCACCACGACACCCAAGCGAUCGACCAUAGAGAGGGGAUUCCAGGCCGCCACCGAGGUCGGCAAUCUCAAGACGCGCGCCGCCAUCCUGGAGCCUCUUUUGGUCCACGGAGUAGAGGGAGAGGCGCUUGACACGCAGCUGGCAUCCGCGGUUCGAUUCGGCGAAGAAGGCGACGACUUGGUCAAGAUCCUGCUGGAAGCCGGCGCAGACCCGAAUCACAACAAGGGCGAGGCCAUCUGGGCGGCCACGAGGAGCGCCUACCUGAGCAGUCUGAAAAUGAUGCUGGGGCUGGUCGACCUCGGGACGCGGCUAGUGAGUACACCAUCGAGCGCUUCGCUGAGAUCCAUUGCCUCCGCCAAAUCCCAUACUUCACUAAAGGGGUCUAACAAGAAGAAGCAACACAAGCCCUCGCACGCCACGCUCAAUAGGGCGCUGAGGGCGGCUUGGAAGCUUAGCCGCGAACCCCGUACCGCCGCGAUCGAAAUGCUGUUCCGGGCCGGUUUGCCCGUUUCCGACGACUUGCACGUCGUCCUGAACAACGCAAUCAAUGAGGAGGAGCUCGAUCUCAAGAUCAUUCGGUCUCUACUAAGGUACGGUGCCUCGCCCAUCGCCAACGAAUGCCAGACCCUGGUCGACGCUACGAGGAGAGCCCUGGUGAAGCCGCUUGCCUUUAUGCUCGAGUCCAAGAUCUUGUCGGCGGAUCUCAAUCUAGCCAUCAGAGAAGGGUACACGAGGGAGAACACGGAGGUUUGGUUCUCGGAAGCCGGCUUUACAAUCCUGCACAGCUUCCUGAAAAAGGGAGCCCACGGCGACGGCCUGAGCUCCGUCCUCACUCAAGUUGUCGAUCUGCCAUUAUCCGAAAGCGAGCCCGACAGCCUCGCACUCGCCAACGGCUUCGUCGACAUCCUCCUCGAUCACAAAGUCGACGUCAACUACGCUGAUGGAAAGCUGCUGCAGACCGCCGCCGCCGCUUGCAACUCCUUCUUGGUCAAAAGGCUACUAGAGAAGAAGCCCAACACCGAAUCGAUAUCCCGAUCAUUUUACCGCAUCUUUGACAACCCAGCCUCGGAAGACGAGGCUCUGGAAUUAAUUACAAUGUUUACUGAAUACGCUGACGGGGAGACGAGGCUGGACGUCAUGUAUACGCCGCCGGACUCGAUACCCCUGAUGUUUCUCGCCCUGCAGCAGCACCCACGCUCGAUCCGAAUCACAAAGGCCCUCUUGGACGCCGGGUACUACUACGAUCAGAUGAUGCCUUGCAAGGUCGCGGAAGACCUUGAGGAGGAACCUAUGACGCUCAUGAUGUGGGCGCUGCUCCAGCCGCAGAAGAAGGUCAGCAGCGGCAUCAUUCAGAUGCUCAUCGAGACCGGCGCCAAGGUCAACUUUGAAUCACGAGUCUCUCAAUCGACGCCGCUCAUGCUGUCCAUCCGGAACCGUCGACCUGACGUUGUCAAGAUGUUGCUGCUGGAGGGCGCGGAAGUGGACGUGUGCGACGUGAAAGGGAACACGCCGCUGACAUUAUCAACCGAAAUUGGAGGGGAAACGGCCAUCAAGAUGAUGUCCAACCUACUCGCAGCUGGUGCCUCGCGCAACGACGGGUCGCUUCACAAUUCGGCCCGCGAACUGAACCUCCCGGCCUGCCAGGUCCUCGUGCAAUACGGACACGAGCCUGACUUCCCCAGCACGCUCCACGGAGGCCGGAGUGCGCUGGGAGAACUCGCUCGACAUUGCGCGGACAAUGGCGAGCUCACCGCGGCCAGACAAAAGCUCAUGGAGAGGGUCAUCAACUUCCUCAUCGAGGCCGGUUCGGAUACCACGCUGAGAUCCGAGGGAAAGUCGAUCCUGCUCCUCGCAUUGGAGUCCCGCGACCCCCUCGUCACCUGCCGAACCCUCCUCAAGGCGGGUAUGUGGAAGUACAUAAACAAAAAGUUCAACCACUACUCGGACGGCAAGAUGACCUACUCGCCGACAAUGUACAUCAUGCACGUCCUCCCCAAAUCGGACCAGCAAGAUGCCCUCCUCAAGCUCCUUCGCGCCAACCGCGCCGAGGACGUCUACUACGCCAACAUGGGCCCCCAACCCGAAGGCGCCGUCGGCAUGCCCGAGGACGUGGAGGCGCAGGAACGCACGCGGCGCGCCCGCCUCGACCGCAUCAACCUCGAGCAGGAAGACCACGCGCUCUCCAUUGCGCGCAACCGCGAGCUGGCGACGGUCCAGGCGCAAAUCUGGUCCGCGCAGGCGGAGCUUGAGGACUCGCGGCGGCAACGCGUGGCGCAGGACGAGCUCGUGGCGCUCAACGAGCGCGCGCGCAUCGAGGAGGACCACUUUGCGGCCGCGAUGCGGCGCAAGCGCAACGAGCGCAGCGCGGACCUGGAGCACCAGGCCGCGCUGACGGAGGCGAGCAUCACGCGGGCGCGGGCCGUGGAGCUGGCCGAGUCGGAUCUGACGAUGGCGCGGCAGACCAUGAUGCUCGAGUGGGAGAAGCAGAUUGCGACCGAGAAGGUGGACCAGGCCAAGACGCUGAGCGCGAUUCGCGUCGCGGAGAGGGAGGACGUGGACCGUCUGGACCGGGAGCAGGAGGAGAGGUUCCGGGCGAGGUUGGCGGAGCAGAGGAGGCUUGUGGACGGGCAGACGCACCUCGCGAGCCAGCUUACGAACGCGGGGGUUAAUGGGAGGAGGCAGAUUGGGUACAUUACGGGGGAGAUUCGAGAUUAG